AUGCCGAUUCGAGUCUUACCAGAGAACACCGUUCGGGUCCUCAGCGCUUCACAGGUCCUCACCGAUGCCAGAUCCGUCGUCAAAGAGCUUGUUGAAAACGCUCUCGAUGCACGUGCAACAGCGAUCACCGUCGAGAUCUCUAGCAACACUCUGGAUGUCAUCCAAGUUAGAGACAAUGGCACUGGCAUCGACAUCGAGGAUCGACAGCUCCUGGGUAAACAAGGUUGCACAUCCAAGAUCCGGUCUCUGGAGGACCUCAAGCGACUUGGCGGCUCAUCUCUCGGAUUCCGUGGUGAAGCACUGGCUAGUAUCGUUGAACUAAGUGAGGCGGUAGUCGUAACUACGCGAGUAGAUGGAGAGGUUGUAGGGACAUCUCUCAAGUAUGCUGCCUCAGGGAUGCUCAGUUCUUCUUCAGCCUCCCAUCCCGUUGGAACGACGAUUCGCGUGCAGAAUUUCCUCUCCAAAAUACCGGUUAGAAAACAAGCGGCGCUCAAAGAAACCACGAAAGUUUUACAAGCUAUCAAAGACCUCCUUUUCUCACUCGCUUUUGCCAGACCGGAAGUGCGUCUCUCAUUGAGUGUCCUGAAAGCAAAGAAAAACAAGAUCAAUUGGAGAUAUGCACCCCCCCGGACACCGUCACUUACCGAGGUGGCAACGAAGAUUCUGGGAAAGAAUAUUGUGUCUGAAUGUGUCACGCACAGUAUCUCUUCGGACGGGUUUAAUGUCGGUCUUGACAAUGGCUGGAAAAUCAAUGCUCUAUUGCUAUCGCCGACUGCAGUUGCUGCCAAUGCUCGGCAAUACAUUUCUAUUGACGGCCGUCCUGUCAAUACGGAUCGAGGCACGAUGCACCAGCUGGUUAAGUCUUACAAGCGUCACGUGCAGAGUCGUCUCCCAUCAGAGAGCGCUUCAGUCUCAAGACCCUUCCUCCUCAUGCACAUUCAAUGCCCGCCUCAGAGUUACGACGUCAAUGUGGAACCCACCAAAGACGAAGUCCUUUUCGGUCGACCCGAUCAGUUCUUGUCUCUGAUGGAAUGCUUGUUCAGCCGGGCAUAUGCUGGACAAGAAGAUAAUCCAAUAUAUGUAUUAGACGAUGAUGAGGCACAGUUCCCUCCUGCGAUUGUAUUCACACCCAAUCCACACAGCUCCGAUCGAGAUCUUGUCAAUGCCGAAGAGGAGGAGAGUUCAUUGCAGCAUGACGACCUCCACACCGAUACCGAUGUGGAAGAAAGACUGACCACCAAGGCAAACGUACGGAAUCCAUUUACAAUCGCUGCAAUGAAUGCACAAGUCCAGCCCAUAAGGAUGGACAUGCAUCAAACUAUUCCAAAGGAUAGAGAUAUGGCUGUGACUUUGGGAGGUGUCUCCGAAACCGUGAGAGCAUGGACCAAGCCCCCAGACUCUCCAUCGCUAGACGAUCCGAAACCCAGUCCCUCGUUGCCUCCCAGCCCAGGCCCGCCCAUGAGACGACUAGUCAAAGCUUCGACGAAGAGAGAAACCAAAGGAAGCACGCAAAUCUCAGACGACGACUAUGCGGCUACCACGCCACAAAAGUCGAAAUUGCAGGGAUGGCUGACCCGGCAGCCUGUAUCACAUCUAACAUCUGGUUUGAACGUCAUUUUUCCGAACGGCCCAGACCCAGAUUCGUCCGAGAAGAAUCCAGGUGCCUUGGAAACGAGGCCAAGAUCAUAUCUAGACAUGGGGCCGCCUCCGUCUACCUCGGAGACGCGUCGGGGAUGGGGACCGGGCCAGAAACCUUUCAAGGUGCCACCCAAACGUCAAGAUUCGGCCGAGCCUUCUGGUGUUGAGCUCCUAACGCCUCCUUCAAGCCUUCGUAGACACCAUCAGUUGUCAUUACAGAAGGAUGGGCGCGAUCUCCCUGGGGCAUUCGAGCCGGGCAAGGCUGGCAGUGAGGAUGUCCAUUCUGUUCACCAGUUUCGAUCAGGAAGGGCCAGCGUUCCUCUCACAAAGCCUUCAGAAACUGAGCAUCCGCGGCCGACUUCUGAGUUGGACGAUAUUAUGGAUUUCGAACACAGAAAAAAGGCCACAAUCGCUCAUCAGAGAAGAUCUGCCAGGGCUCUCACCUCUGCUUCUCCCAGAGGGUUGGAGAGAUCGGGCCAGUCCGAGUCAAGUUCUGCUUCAGCAUGGGUUUCUCGCGAAAGCGAGUCAAUACAGAGUGCAAGGCUCGAGGAUUACGGGACAAGGUUUGGGGCUGAAGAAUCUUCUCGGGUUUCAACACCGCCCAGGUCGAGCCCACGUCGCAACCGCUACUUGAGGGCGGUGCAGGACUUGUCACCUGCUCACCUAUGGUCAGCAGGUGAGCUUCAACUCGCAUCCGACGAACAAAAUUACACAAUAGAGACAGGCAGCGAUCUGGGGACACUGAAAAUCCCGGCCCGCAACCCACGAGCUCACUUGGCUAAUGGAAAGAUCUACCGAACAAAGUCGUCCAAGCUACUCCUCGAGAGAAUCCCGUCGGACGCGUUGACACUUCGCCUCAUUCUCACCACGAAUGUCUUCAAGGACACUAAUGGCGUGAUUUUGCGACAUAUUCAGACCUUGGGAACCAGUGAUCCGUACAUCACCCGUGGCCUUACACAAUACAUAGACUUUGACGACAGCGACGCGUCAUCAAUUGACAAGACAUGGGGAUCUGUUCUACAAAAUGUGCUCAAGACAACUUUUCGCCGCAAAGCCCAAGACGGGAGCGGAGUUGUUCCAGAGGACGUGAGAAUUGUGGUUUCCAAGGUCUUUUGA